UUACCGUGUAUGCUGUGAGAGAAAUUAGUUAGCUAUUUCUAUUACAAUACUUGAUGAUAAAACAUGAUGUGCUGCUCACUAACAGCAAGCGAUGGCUAAUCUGUUGCUAGAAAUGUGCCCAUUUUAGAAAUCAUACUUUCAUUUUUAUUUAUAUAUGAAUGGGACUGAGCCUGAGUUGUAUCAGACUUAUUGUUCUACAUUAUUUUUACGUUUCUAAGUUGUGGGAAGAGACUGUCUAACUGGUGUGGUGUUUUUUUCUCAAGCAUAGUAGACUAACAGUGAUUCAGUUCGGUCCUCUACUUAGUGCAUGCUUUUUUGAUUAUAUGUGUAAGUGCAGUUCUGAUCGAGUAACUAAUAGCAAAGAUUGUACAUACAAUUGUGCAGUAGUAUGAGCCAGACCUGUCCUUAUCCUUUAAGCUACAAAAUAGCCAAAGUAGCAUAUAAAGUAUAACAAUAUUGCUAAAAAAAAAACAGUGUAAUCUGUGGUUAUCUAGUUUUGAGGCAAAAUUAGAUCUGUAAACCUGUGUAGCCUGUUAUACUUCAUUGUUCUUUGGGCAGUCACACAGGGGAAAGUGCCAGUGGUAGGUGGCAGCUCUCGGAACCAUUUUGUAUGCUUUUUGGACUUCAGUUAGCCUCUAUGGCAACUGUGUCAUGUGUCUGAAUGCACACUUGUCCACAUUUCUGUCAAUCCAAUUGCACACAUUUUAAGAUUUAAUAUAACCCCCACCUACCUCAGAGGUUGCAGACUAGACCUCAGGCGUUGCAUGUUAUACAGAACACACAGUGCACUCUAAUGAUGUAAGAAGUUGCCAGUAGGCCCAGAUAAAUCCAGAGUCUCAUAGAAACUAAAGAGGCCUAACCACAUUAACCAGUUUAACUGCUCCUACCUCUCAACACCUCUUAAACAACAGCAUUUCCAAAAGUUCCCCCUUCACCAUUGUCGAAAUGAUGGUGAAGAAAGACAUUACAUUUACUCAUUUGGCAGACGCCUAUAUUCAAGGCGACUUACAUUUGAAGAAUAACAUAUGAGCAUCAACAGAGCAUCAAUACAGCACGAUAUCUUCAAGUGACAAUACAUACUAGUAAGGGCAGCAAUAACUACUAGUAAGAGCAAAUAGCUCGUAUGACAUUAAUGGGGUACCUAGGGAAAGAAGUAAGAGUUAACAAAAAAGAAAAGAGCACAGGAAGUGCAUGUCAGAGGUUAGGGGUUAGAGAUGUUAUAAGUGUUUUCGGAAGAAAUGAGUUUUCAAGAGCUUCAGGAGGUUAGAGAAGGACACCCCUGCUCUGAUGCAGGUAGCUCAUUCCACCAUCGUGGUGUCACAGAUGAGAACAGCCGGGACUGAGAUUGCUGAGACCUGAAAAGACCUCAGGAGAUGGGCGGCUGUGCUCUGCUCAAAGUGGUGCUAGUUGGGGCACUUCUGUGGAUUUCUGCAAUCCAUGCAGACUCAGAAGACGAUGGGAAGCUGCUGUGCACAUGCGAGAAUGUCAAAGGCACAUGCGUGAAUGGAACUUGCAGAGGAGACAUCUGCUUCUACACGUGGGUGCAAGGCUUUGAAGAGAGGGGCUGCUUCUCCGCAGCUAACUACAGGGAGCAGUGCUUCACCUCCUUUGAUCGCUUCUUUGUCCAUUGCUGCAAAGAAAACCAUUGCAACGCCUUCACCACACCACCUCCAAAUAUCAAUGGAGAGCCGACAACAACGCCUCCAGAAGUCAAUCGUCCGGAGCUGUGGAUUGCGGUGUCUUUGCUGCUGUUAUUCAUGACUGCCAUUGUGUGUGGCGUGGUGCUGUUCCUGCGCUUCCGGCAUGCACACUGCAAACCGAAAAAUACUGAUGAGCGUAAUGUCACCUUGCUCAAGGUCCCUAAUGGAGAUGACCCCACAUAUGGCGAUAUCUUCGAUGAGUUUUGUACAUCAGGGAGUGGGACAGGCCUGCCGUAUCUGGUUCAAAGGACUAUGGCCAGACAGAUCUCACUUGUCGAGUGUGUCGGUAAAGGCAGGUAUGGGGAGGUGUGGAGGGGAACUUGGAUGGGGGAGAGUGUGGCUGUCAAGAUCUUCUCCUCUAGGGACGAGCAGUCCUGGUUCAGAGAGACAGAAAUCUACAAUACUGUACAGCUGCGACAUGACAACAUACUGGGUUUCAUAGCCUCUGACAUGACAUCAAAGAAUUCCAGCACCCAGCUGUGGCUCGUCACGCACUUUCAUGAGCUGGGCUCGCUCUACGACUUCCUGCAGAACACCAUCUUGGAGCCCGAGAGCUGCCUGAGGAUGUGCUUGUCUGUGGCCUGUGGCCUGGUCCACCUCCACACUGAGAUUGUCAGCUCCCAGGAAAAGCCAGCCAUCGCCCACAGAGACCUGAAAAGCCGAAACAUCCUUGUGAAGCGUAACGGACAGUGCUGCAUCGCUGACCUAGGUUUGGCUGUGAUACACUCUCAGUCCCAUGACUACCUCGAUGUGGGCAACAACCCUCGUGUGGGGACCAAGCGCUACAUGGCCCCUGAGGUGCUGGAUGAGACUAUUCGCAUGGACGUCUUUGAAUCCUACAAGCAAACUGACGUCUGGGCCCUGGGCCUGGUCUUCUGGGAAAUUACCCGCAGGACCGUUGUCAACGGGAUCGUGGAAGAGUACCGUCCUCCCUUCUUUGACCUGGUGCCCUCAGAUCCCAGCUUUGAGGAGAUGAAGAAGGUGGUGUGUGUGGACCAGCAGAGGCCCAGCCUGCACAACAGGCUCCAUUCCCAUCCUAUCCUGUCGGCCAUUGUGAAAAUCAUGAAGGAGUGUUGGUACCAGAACCCACCAGCCCGCCUCACAGCUCUGCGGGUGAGGAAAACACUCUCCAAACUGGACCAUGACAGUGACUUCAGCAUCGAGAAACUCAAGCAGGACGUCUAAACCCGGAGCACCAGGAUGAAACAGGGACACAAGAUUGAAAACGCCUGAAAGGAUUUUGUACCACAUUCCAACAGGACGAGGUGCAUCUCAUUAGCAUAUUUUGAGCUAAUGACUCACACAUUAUAUUAAAACCAUAUGACUUUGAGCGGUAGUGUCUAGACUGGGUCGCACCCAAGGCUAUGUUUUUUUUAUGUGUGUGUAGCCUAAUUUUCAUCUGCCAUAUUUCUAGUGCCUCAAACCAAGAGGCCCCAAAAAGAAAACUAUUAAGAUCAAGGUAGAUCAAGGUAUUUUUCUUUUUGUAAUGUUCAGCUAAUAAAAGUUUAAAUAAGACAUUUCUACAGCAGGAUGAUUAACCGAAUAAUUCACAGGCUGUUAUACACACACAGGGUUUUAGUCAUUAUUGUCUAAAUCCCUCAUCUCCAUGACGAAAAGGAAAAUCUAGCAUAGCACAAGUACUCAUCGUCUUAGCGAGUGGAGGAAUAUGUCAUCCUGGACUGAUAAACAGCAAAAUUGCACUUGUGGUUUUUCCCAUAAUGACUAAAGCUACUGAAAGUCAUGGAGAACACGAAGGCCUUAGUGUUCAUUUACUUUGAAUGCUGAAAGUAUUUAAGUAAUUACAUGCUCAUACCAAGCGCAUUACCUGUUGUGUAAGCAUAUUUAACUUAUAUAGAAUGAACAUUUAUUAUCUGCACACAGACACGUUGAGGUAUUUAGUUGUACAUAUUCUAACAACAUGGACGCUGUUGUCUUGUAUCACCAUUGGGUUUAUUGUAAAUAUAUUUCAAAGGGUGUAUUAUUUUCUAUUAUUCAACCAUGAGACACAUUUUAUAUACUUUUUUUUUUUACAACACAACUUUUUUCAAAUUAUUUUUUUACAUUUUACAAAUGUACCCUCACCCUUACUAUGGUCAGUAAAGGAAUUCACAAAUGCAAUAUUGUAUAUGUUGAAUAAAGGAUUGUAUUUUUGAA